AUUGACCACUCAACAAGAUGAGCGACGAAGGCCAGCGCGCGGCCAUCAGCCGGGAGCUGCCGCACGUGAUCCGCGCUAUGAGCAAGGGACUGGACCCGAAGGAGAAGAUCAUGAUGGACGGCCCUGCCGAGAAGGCCGUGGCGCAGAAGCAUUAUGACAUUGGGAAGACACGAGCGUUGAUGGGAGGCGCGUUUGGAGGCGUGCUGGGCCUAGGGGCGUGGAAAAGCUUGCGAUCAAGCAGCAAGUUCGCCGGUGCUUUCCUCGGUGGAUCGGGCGCGUUCGUCGGCGCGGUGUAUGGCCUCUUGUCUAUCCGGGAAGAGUUCUUUGUCGACAUCUUGAGCCUUCCGGACGACCAGUCCGACUUUGCCAAGACCGCUCGAGCCAUCAUCGAGCGCGAAAUGCCACAGAGCAUCAUCCUCAAGGAAGCCUAUCGUCGCAUGGGCAACCUCAGCAGCAACUCGGAUUCACUCCAAACUGCAUGGGAGGAGUCCAAAAGGCUGGAAAAGGCCAGCGAACAGCGACAAAUGUCGUGGGAAUCCACGUCGAAUCCCGCCAUAGAGCCAUUUCCCCGCCAAUCUUCGCCUCCAUCUAUUCCAUCCCCUUCGUCCGCUGGCCAAGCGCAGCCCAAGACCCCCAAAAACGUGUUUGGGUUCCCCGCAACCUCGAAAAAGCCCUCUCCAGAUAGCUUGGCUUCUGGGCCAACCACGGAGGCGGCCGUACCGCCCACGACUUGGGAAGAAAUUCGAAAGCGUAGUAGUGGCGUCCGUUAGGUUGAUGAAUACUCGAGUAAUGGCGUUAAUGAAAGCAGUUUACAAAGUACAA